AUUGCGCCCGCCAACACUGGACUUGGCAGCACUUCCACCGCCAGCACUGCACCCGCCAACACUGGUGUUGGUAGCACUGCCCCCACCAACACUGCCCCAGCCAACACUGCGCCCACCAACACUGGAAUUGGCAGCACUGCCCCCGCCAACACUGCGCCCGCCAACACUGGACUUGGCAGCACUGCCCCAGCCAACACUGCGCCCGUCAACACUGGACUUGGCAGCACUGCCCCAGCCAACACUGCGCCCGUCAACACUGGAGUUGGCAGUACUGCACCCACCAGCACCCUGAUCAUAUAGCUCAGCACUGAAGAGGUUAAUGGUGACGGUGCUACGGAUAGUUGCGGUUGCACUUUGUACAGGUUCCGCCUCUCUUAUCUUGGAAAUUAUCCUAAUAUUUGUGCCGUCUCCAGGUGACCCUGCUGUCCAUGUGAUCAUUAACCCCUUCCCUCCUGGGUAGUUUGUGUCACAGGCUCCUGGUAUGAAGGGAGAUUUUAUCAGUUCUCAGGGAGGUGCCCAACCUUAUCUGUUCCCGAGAAAAGCGCGUCCACGGGUGGAGUCCAUCUCAGUCGGUCACACUCUGCUCACCGCCAUGGCUUCUGCAGAUCCCUCAGAGACUCUCACCUGCCCCAACUGCCAGAACAGCAGCGCCGACACCGACACCUGCGAGCACAACUUCUGCUGGGUGUGUAUUGACUGCAUGCUGGAUAAGCAGAGAGGAGUGCGCACUCAGCACCAGUGCAGAGCAGAGGAGAGGAGAGGCCAGCAGGUGGGCAGCCAUGACAGCGGGGUCCAGCAGGUGGGCAGCCAUGACGGCAGCGGGGGCAUCACCUGCACUUACUGCGUCCACUCCCCCGUCCCAGCGGUCAGGUCGUGCGUCAUGUGUGAAGCGUCUCUCUGUGACACCCACCUGAGCGUCCACAGCAGGUCCCCGGAACACCCGCUCAUCGAGCCCACCACCGCCCUACGCAACCGCAAAUGUGCUGUCCAUAAGAAGAUCCUGGAGUAUUACUGCUCUGCUGACCGCGCCUGCGUCUGUGUGUCCUGCAUCCUCUUCGGAGAUCACCGCGGACACCGUGUGGAGACCCUCAAUGUCGUCUCCGAGAGAAAGAAGAAAAGACUAAAAAAUGACCUGAAAAAACUCAACUCCAGGAGCGAAGAGACCGCAAAGAAGAUCCAAACCCUGCAGGGUCAGCGGAGAGACGGGCAGGAGAGGGCAUCCGAGGUGAGCGGGAGGGUGAGCGCAAUCUUCAGGGACAUCAGGAGACGGCUGGAUGCCAUGGAGAACACAGUCCUUAGCCACAUCUCUCAGCAGGAUGAGCAGCUGGCACUCUCCCUCUCUACACUGGUCCAGCAGCUGGAGCUCCACAGGAACGAGCUGUUCAGGAGGGCCGGCUAUCUGGAGGAACUGUGGAACAAGGUGGAUCCUCUCCUGGUCAUCCAGGAGCAGGAGUCGGAGAGAGAAGACUUCUGUGACCUGGAGGAGGGAGCGGCCGACACCCACCAGAUCUACCACCUGGACCAGGGGCUGAUGGCCGUCACCCUACACACAGGGCUACAGGACAUCAUGGUUGCUGCAAGGAAAGGACUCGACCUUCAGGGAGCGGGAGACAUAUUACUGGAUGUGGACACGGCCGGGAACGAUAUCCACAUCUCCAGCGACCUCCGGGGGGCAUCCUGGUCACAUGUCCAGCAGAAUUACCCCGAAAAGCCGGGGCGGUUCCAGUACGACCAGGUCCUCAGCACCAGGAGCUUCAGCUCAGGGCGACAUUUCUGGGAGGUGGAGACAAGUGAGAGCGGAGUGUGGUUUGUGGGGAUGUGUUACCCCAGUAUAGACCGCAGGGGGCGCCAGUCCUGGAUCGGAGACAACAACAAGUCCUGGUGUCUGCGGAGAUACGAUAACGUCCAGUACACGGUGAUACAUGACAGUAAGUGGCUGCAGUUACCCCACAAUGUGUCCUGCCCCCACCUGGGCAUCUACCUGGACUACGAGGCCGGUCAGCUGACCUUCUACGAGCUCCGAGAUCCCAUCAGACUCCUCCACACCUUCACCACCACCUUCACCCAGCCCCUGCACCUGGCCUUCAGCGUCUACAAAGCCUGGGUGCGCGUCCAGGACUGAGGGACUACAACUCCCAGACACCUGACAGCCUAACCCUAAUGAGGAUAUAAGAGGGUGGGGCUGAGAGACUACAACUCCCAGACACCUGACAGCCUAACUCCAAUGAGGAUAUAAGAGGACGGGGCUGACGGACUACAACUCCCAGACACCUGACAGCCUAACCCUAAUGAGGAUAUAAGAGGGUGGGGCUGAGAGACUACAACUCCCAGACAUCCACCUGACAGCCUAACCCCAAUGAGGAUAUAAGAGGACGGGGCUGACGGACUACAACUCCCAGACACCUGAGAGCCUAACCCUAAUGAGGAUAUAAGGAGGCGGGGCUGACGGACUACAACUCCCAGACACCCAUCUGACAGCCUAACCCUAAUGAGGAUAUAAGAGGGCGGGGCUGACGGACUACAACUCCCAGACACCUGACAGCCUAACCCUAAUGAGGAUAUAAGAGGGUGGGGGUGAGGGACUACAACUCCCAGACACCUGACAGCCUAACCCUAAUGAGGAUAUAAGGAGGCGGGGCUGACGGAAUACAACUCCCAGACACCUGACAGCCUAACCCUAAUGAGGAUAUAAGAGGGCGGGGCUGAGGAACUACAACUCCCAGAUACCUGACAGCCUAACCCUAAUGAGGAUAUAAGAGGGCGGGGCUGACAGACUACAACUCCCAGACACCUGACAGCCUAACCCUAAUGAGGAUAUAAGGAGGCGGGGCUGACGGACUACAACUCCCAGACACCCAUCUGACAGCCUAACCCUAAUGAGGAUAUAAGAGGGCGGGGCUGACGAACUACAACUCCCAGACACCCAUCUGACAGCCUAACCCUAAUGAGGAUAUAAGAGGGCGGGGCUGACGGACUACAACUCCCAGACACCUGACAGCCUAACCCUAAUGAGGAUAUAAGAGGGUGGGGGUGAGGGACUACAA